AUGAGCGCAAUCGAAGAGGCUUCGUUGAUUCAGCGAGGUCUGCACUUCCUUGAACAAAAUGGUGAGAAGAGAGCAGGGUUUUGUCUUGUAUGUCUUUUUCUACUUCUUGUGCGUUGGUUCGUGGGUCUUCAUUCAUAUUCUGGUGAAGACACACCACCUAUGUUUGGUGAUUACGAGGCACAACGUCACUGGAUGGAAAUUACAAUUAACCUUCCCAUCUCUCAUUGGUACUUCAAUACGACAUCAAACGAUUUACUCUAUUGGGGAUUAGACUAUCCACCACUUACUGCAUACGUAUCGUAUAUUUUUGGAUGCGUGGCUAACGUCAUCGAACCGUCGAUGGUAGAAUUAACGAGUUCAAGGGGAUACGAAUCUGCAACUAGCAGAGUAUUUAUGCGUACGUCUGUGUUACUCUGUGACAUUAUCCUCUUUAUGCCUGCAAUAUAUUAUAUGGCAAGGUCAAUCUAUGGCAGCGAGAAAUGGACUCAACGUACGGCAUUUCUUCUUUUAAUUCUGCUGCAACCGGCAGUAUUGCUUAUCGAUCAUGGCCACUUCCAGUACAAUAAUGUGUGUCUGGGAUUUGCGGCGCUGGGCGUUGCUUUGAUUCUUCAAAAUCAUGAGCUUCUUGGUAGUAUUUGCUAUUGUCUAUCUCUAAACUUUAAGCAAAUGGCGCUUUACUACGCCCCUGCAUUUGGAGUAUAUUUGCUGGCUCGUUGUCUCUAUCGGGAGCUGUGCAUUCUUCAUCUCGUCAAGCUAUCGGUAGUAGUAAUUGCUACAUUUACGCUGAUGUGGCUUCCAUUGUGCAAAUAUGCAUCCGCGGAAGACACUUGCUUGUCUACAAUGGCACAAGUCCUUCAUCGUAUUUUUCCGUUUGACCGAGGCCUUUUCGAAGAUAAAGUAGCUAACUUUUGGUGCAUCGCCGACUUGAUUAUCAAGAUUCGUCGAUUUAUGAGCCCUACACUUCAGAUGCGAUUAUGCACGCUGAUGACGUUUAUCGGACUUACUCCGUCGGUUAUUGACCUUCUCAGACGAAAGCCCACACAGCUGCGAUUUCUUUUGUCGCUUGCAGUUUGCUCGCUGUCAUUUUUCUUGUUUUCUUUCCAAGUCCACGAAAAGACAAUCUUGCUGCCAUUGCUGCCAAUUUCGUUCCUUUUUGCUUACAACGCGUUACUCUCGGGGUGGUUUAGCGUGCUAUCGACUUUCAGUAUGUAUUUCCUCCUGAAGAAGGAUGGCCUCAUUCUUCCGUACAUCGUGUUACAACUAGCUUACACGGGUGUAGCAGUGGCUCCGUUUCUUGCCUCGGAUUCGUUCAAGCAUCUACACGUGCAGCGAACGGAGCUUGCACCAGGCUAUCGGGGAGACGGCAGUGUUCAUCCGUUGUUUCGAGCUUAUGUCACGAUUUCAUUGCUAGGAAUCGUAGUCAUUCACACUGCGCAAGCCUGGAUUCCUCCACCCGCAAGAUACCCCCACAUCCACGACUACGUCUUUGCUGCUUAUUCAUGUGGCCAUUUCUUACUGAUACUCGUAUAUUUGACGUACUGGCAAUGGAUUACAGAAGCUCAGGCAACGCAAAAGAUCAAGACGAAGAAAGAGUAG